AUACAAAUAGAUAACUGAAACAUCAAUCAUUCAUCCAUCCAGCACCGUUGAGAGCACUCAUUGUACUGUAUAACCUAAAUCCAUCACACAAUGACUUCCGAAAAGUCCAAGGAGCGAUCUACCCCCGAGUUCGUAGACGAUGAUAUACCACCUUCUGUUCUAGCUAUAUCAAACUUACGUUGCCCUUCGCCUCCACCGAUAUUGAAUAAUGGACCGUCAAGAACAACCAAUAUAUCUCCACCAUUCCAAACUUUAUCAAUUUCUUCUCCUUCUAACGAUGGAAGUAAGGAAACAGGCGAUGAAUUGCUGCAACCAGGAAGCGCUAAAGCGGGAGAUCCAAAAUCCCCGAUAUCUCCCUUACAUAUGCUACAACUGACAGAAAGAAAUGAAUCAAUGACUAGUCUAGACUAUAUGCUCAACCCACCAAAGGAAAGCGCUCACCACAAAGCGCCGUCCGUCCAUGCCCACUUUUACAUUGAUGAUACUAUGAAAACGGGUAAGCCAGGUAACAGAUCAAGAAGUGGCUCAGCUUCUAGCCAACCUCGUUCUUCCCCUGUAGUGCAAAGUAAUCUGGGUGAACUACAGAAGCCAAUAAUUGCAAACCCUCAGAGUGCUGGAAGUUCAGCUAUAUCAUCUAGGGUCCCAAGUAAACUGGGAACUCCGCAACCGCUGUUAGGACCUAACGAACAGAAUCCAAAUAUCGAUCCCCGCUUGCUUCAAGAUGACGGCAAAAUCCACAUAUUGCUAGGUGUAUGUGGUGCUUUAUCUACAGGUAAGAUAAAAAUGAUUAUAUCCAAAUUGUAUGAAAUUUACACACCAGAGAGAAUAGUGAUACAGUUGAUUUUGACCAAAUCUAGUGAAAAUUUCAUCUCGCAAGAAUUGAUAAAUAUUUUGGAAAAUCUGAAAAAGGUUAGAAUUUGGAGAGAUGCCGAUGAAUGGACCUGGAAGAAUAGACUGGAUCCAGUAUUACACAUUGAAUUACGUCGUUGGGCCGACAUCCUUGUUGUAUGUCCAUUGACAGCGAAUACUCUCUCGAAAAUUUCUUUAGGGAUAUGUGAUAACUUGCUUACCAACGUGAUUAGAGCUUGGAACACCUCUUAUCCAAUUUUAUUGGCACCAGCAAUGGUAAGUUAUUCUUAUAAUGCAGUCACUACCAAAAGGCAAUUGAAGUUGAUUGCUGAAGAGAUGCCCUGGAUUGAAAUAUUGAAACCCCUGGAAAAAGUUGUUGGCAGUUAUGGUGACAUUGGAAUGGGUGGUAUGAUGGAUUGGAAUGAGGUUGUGAAUAGAGUAGUUCAAAGGCUAGGUGGAUACCCAAAAGACGACGAGGAAGAAGAUGAAGAAGAUGAAGCAAAUAAAGAGUCUCAUGGGGACGCCGUUGACGAUGAUGAAGACGAGGAUGAUGAAGAUGAUGAAGAUGAAGAUGAAGAAGAAGAUGAUGAUGAUGAUGAGGAUGAGGUGGAUAAUGAUGACAAUGAAGAGGACGACAGCAACCAGGCUACCGAACAUCAGUCAAAACAGGUUCAACGUGGUAGUGCUCGUGAAGUUGGCAUGCAUACUCCUAAUAAAGAAACUAGUAUAGAAACCAAGGACGCAGUAGAACAACCCCAAUAGAAUCUUAUCAAGUUGAAAACUACAGCUAGCUACAGUUUGCGGUGUUAAGGUGAUCAUUCAAUUCUUCAUAUACUACAUAAUUAUUUACAACAUUCUCUAGAAAACCUGCUAGUUUAAUUACCAUGAUAUUGACGUAUUCUCUCUUCUCUCCAAUUUUGGUACUCGUCACCAUUCAUUGCAGAAGUAUCACAAGUAUUUGUGCUUAACCUUCGAUCAAUAUCCUUUGGCCUUUCAAAAAAAUUUGAUUUAAUAUUUAUCGGAGAAAGAUGAAAUGGUGAGGAGUUUUCUUUAUCCUGCUCCUUUUCCAAACAAGGAGAGUCCAAUUUUUGAUUAGGAGAGUGGUUUAAUCUCAACGGUGAGUUUUGUUCACUUAACAUAUCUAAGGGUCUUAACGGGCGAUUAAGCGGCUGCAAUUCGGUAUGAGGAUAUAAAGCCAGAAUAUUUCCUAAUAUACGCGUAGGGCUACCCGAAUUUGACAGCGCUGACAGGAACAGCGAUGUUAUUGCAUUCGAAAUCUUUAUGGUUGUUGGAUUGUUGUAGGUGCGAGCUAGCUUGACUUGAGGCUUAGCAAUUCGAGUCACCUUAGUUGGGGAUUCUCUUGCGUGUUUGAGCCUAGAUUCAGGUCGAGAAGUUGGUUGGACUUUCCGUUGUGGUGAGAUUCUCUGGACUGGCUUUUUAGUUGGAGAAACUCUCAGACUGUUUGACACAUUUCUGUUUCUUCUAGGACCAUUCAGUUGUUGUUCUGUUUGUAUAGACAAUAAUUUUUCAUAGAGAUCUUCCCCAUUAAUUGCAAGAGGAUGGCUCCCGUUAUUGUCCGAGUUAUUAUAUUCAUACACCAGACUAACGAGACUGUCAAUCACCCGAGGCAUGUUUUUAUUGAUCUUCUUCCUGAGCUUUUCUUCAUUGAGAAGUAUUUUGCAAGAGUUCUUACUCAUGAGUCGUGAUGAAUCUUUUGAGGCUUCCUUCAAGAAAUCUUGAUCUUUAAGUAAUUCUAGAAGCUCUUCAUAUAGUUGAAAAAUAGGUUCUUUGGCAGCAUAUUCUUCAUUCAAUUUAAUAAUUUCUUCUUCGUGCUUAGCCAAAACAGUUUCUUUCUCAACAUCACUAUUAUCAGGAUCAUAAUUAAAGAAUUCAAAUUCGCUUCUCAAUACCCUUGAAUAAUACAUUUUAUCCCAAAGUUUUUCUAUUUCGUUUCUAGCAUCAGCAAUGAACUUUUCAAUGCAUUCUGAUCUUCUGAUGUACAACUUGUUUAACUCCAUUUUAAAACUAAGUAGAGAAAGUUCAGUCAAUGAGCUAUUUCUUUCCAUGAACGAAUUGACAUAUUC